AUGUCAGACAACGACAACUUUGCUGUUCCUGCUCCAAGGAAACCUGCUCGCCGGCCAGCUAGUACGGCUGAAGAACAUACCUCGGAUACGAUUGUGCCUACGCACGAUUCAGAUGUUGCUACGACGACCACGACUACCACCACCACAAGUGCUGAACCACCUCAGGCUCCACCUCUUGCAUAUGAGAAACCACAGUGGGGUGCCGUCGCUUCACGAUUACGGCUUUGA